AUGCCAACUGGUGGUGGAAGAUUCCGUGUAAGCUCAGUAACAGCUGGAGCAUCAUCAGAUGAGCCUCAGCAGCAGGUUAUAGCUUCAACGACAACAAUCUCAGGAGAUCAUGUCACCUUGACAAUACCAGUAAAUGGAACAAAAGAUGAUGGCGCUGAAAGAAUUCCGCUGUGUGAACAACAUUCUCCACUCGCCUUAUAUGAGCAAGAUUAUGACACUCAGGGACAGAAAAUUGGGCAAAUGUUGCGGAAAUUGUCCGUUUACAAUGCAACAGAGCCAACAGCAGAAGAAGCUGAUGAGAAGCCUAAACAGGCGGCGAAAAUGGGUACAAUUAUGGGAGUAUUUUUGCCUUGCUUGCAAAAUAUUUUCGGUGUAUUAUUCUUUAUUCGUAUGGUUUGGAUUAUUGGUACUGCCGGAAUCUUUCAAGCUUUCUUCGUUGUCCUUGUUUGUGUUUCUGUUACGUUCUUGACUUCAAUCUCAUUGUCAGCUAUUGCCACGAACGGGGUGGUAUCGGGUGGUGGACCGUAUUAUAUGAUCAGUAGGAAUCUCGGUCCUGAACUCGGUGGAGCUGUGGGAAUUCUAUUCUACUUGGGUACAACAAUAGCAGCUUCUAUGUAUAUUAUUGGAGCUGUUGAAAUUCUUCUGCUUUACAUUAUUCCUGGUGCCAAAGUAUUCGAAGAUAUAUUCCAUAAUUACCGUUUGUUGGGUACAGUAUUGUUAUUCAUCCUCGGUAUGAUAGUGUUGGCAGGAGUAAAGGUUGUUAAUAAGUUUGCUCUUCCAAUGGUUUUUGUUGUCAUCUUCUGUAUUUUAUCAUCAUUCAUUGGAGUAGCAGUACGGUUCAAUGGUUCUGAUGAAUUGAAAUAUUGUAUGGUCGGAGAUCGGCCAGUUGAUCUUGUAGGAUAUUUUGAGGAACAUAGAGUUGCUGUGAACUGUACAGUAGACGGAUUGAAUCCGCUCUUCUGUUCAGACAAUGGCACUUGUGAUCCGUAUUUCACUAAAGUCAAAAACAUAAAAGUCUGGAGAGGAACGAAUCUUCCAGCUGUUCGUCAAGAAAGAGCCAUCAAAGGAAUAGCGAGCGGAGUUUUCUGGGAUAAUUUAUGGCCAAAACACACUAGAGUUGGAGAAAUAUUAUCGAAAGAUCCCAAAGACAAAGCAACUAAACAAAACACAAAUGGAUUUUAUAUAUUUGCUGAUACAACCACUUCUUUCAUGAUUCUUAUUGGUGUCUUCUUCCCAUCAGCCACAGGAAUUAUGGCUGGUUCAAACAGAUCUGGAAACUUGAGGGACGCUUCACGUUCUAUCCCAUUAGGUACUUUAGGAGCUCAACUGACAACUAGUACAGUUUAUCUAUUGGGAGUAAUUUUCUUUGGAGCAACUGUGUCAGAAAUGAUGAUCAGGGACAAGUUCGGAUCAUCGGCAAUGGGUAAAUUAUUAGUGUCCGAGAUUGCCUGGCCUCUUCCCAUUGUUAUUCUUUUUGGUUCUUUCUUGGCCACCGUAGGAGCUGGAAUGCAAUCUUUAACUGGAGCACCUCGUCUUCUCCAAGCCAUUGCAUCAGAUGAUGUUAUUCCUUUCCUGAAGCCAUUCCGAAAAAUUGAUAACAGAGGAGAACCCAUUCGUGCUAUUUUCUUAACUCUCAUCAUUUGUGAAAUGGGAAUUCUGAUUGCUGUCAUUGAGAAUAUCACAGCCCUAAUUACUCAAUUCUUUUUGAUGUGUUAUUUGGGUGUUAACACUGCUUGUGCUCUUCAAUCUCUUCUCAAAUCGCCGGGUUGGAGACCAAGUUUUAGAUAUUUCCAUUGGGCUUUGUCCUUGAUUGGAUCGUUUUUAUGUGUUGCUGUUAUGUUUAUAUCAGCUUGGCAUUUCGCCCUCAUAGCUAUUUUCAUUGGAGCUGCUGUUUAUAAAUACAUUGAAUAUGCUGGUGCCGAGAAAGAAUGGGGAGAUGGAAUUCGAGGAUUAGGAUUGAGUGCGGCUCGAUUUGCUUUACUGAACUUGGAUAAUAAACCACAGCAUUCUCGUAACUGGCGUCCCCAGUUAUUAGUUUUGGUUGAUGAAGUUGAUAAUCCAGCAACUCAAGGAAUGUUGGCAUUUGUCUCUCAGCUCAAAGCUGGAAAGGGACUUACUCUCGUAUCCUUAUGUAUGAAAGGUGAUUACGCUGAUGACUAUGCUCAAGCAGGAGCUUAUCAACACAGUAUGGAAGCUCUACUUCGUAAAAAUAAAAUUAGAGGGUUCUGUGACGUUUUAGUCACAUCAGAUGUUAUUGAUGGAGUCAGCUGCUUAAUCCAAACUUCGGGUCUUGGAGGUCUUCGACAUAAUACAGUUAUGCUCACUUGGCCAGAACAGUGGAAUAGUGAAAGACAGUGGUCUGUUGGCCAUAAAUUCGUUUCGGCAAUUCGUGCCAUAUCAGCUGCCAAAUGUGCCAUUCUGGUGCCAAAGAAUGCUGCUACCUUCCCAUCAUCAUCUACUAAAGUCUCAGGAAAUAUUGAUGUAUGGUGGGUAGUUCAUGAUGGAGGUCUUCUCAUGCUUCUGCCUUUCCUUCUCCGUCAACACAAGACUUGGAAGAAUGCCAAAGUUCGUCUUUUCGCCAUUGCUCAAGUGGAAGACAAUAAUGUACAAAUGAAACAAGAUCUCGAAAGAUUCUUAUAUCAAUUACGUAUAGAAGCUCAAGUUCAUAUCAUUGAGAUGACCGAUUCUGAUAUUUCUGACUAUACUUAUGAAAGAACGCUCAAAAUGGAAGAACGAACAAGAAUGCUAAAAAGUUUGAACAAGUCUGAAAGAGAUAGAGAUAUUCAAAUUCACCUUGAUGACAUCACAAGAGAAAGAAAACUAAGUAAAAUUAAUGAAGAAGAGGCGGCCGGAAUUUACGAAAAGAAGCUAGAAAACGUUGAAGAAGGUCACGAAGAGAUUGACGAGGAAAACAAAAAGCCAAAAGCUGAAGGGAAAGGUGUUCGAUUCAGUGAUGACAAGAACAUGCAAGAGGAAAAACCAAAGGAGAGCGAGGAGCUCAAGAGAAAACGAAGAUAUAAUGUUCAUAAGAUGCACACUGCUGUCAAACUCAAUGAGUUGAUGAAAGACAGAUCGGCUGAAAGUCAAUUAACUGUCAUUAACUUGCCAGGACCUCCUGAUAAUGAUUCUGAUACAUACUAUAUGGAAUUCAUUGAAGCUCUGACAGAAGGUAUGGAGAGAGUUCUCCUUGUUCGUGGAACUGGAGCUGAGGUUGUAACCAUAUACUCUUAA